UAGGCGCUGUUUUGCUGUUUCUGAACAUCUAAAUCUCUCGGCAGCGUAACCCGGCCCUUCACUGACUGAUUUCGCCGUGUAAUUUUCGGAAGAAAUUCUGUUCUUUCCUACUUUUCAUUCAUUCCUAUAUUCCGACAGUGGUUUAUGAUCCAUCGACGUGAGGCUCGUUAUGGAUGGGAGUCCACUGCCUGUAGUGACUGUGCUGACAGCUCCUUAUGAUGCUCAGAAACCGGGAACUAGCGGGCUCCGGAAGAAAACUAAAAUUUUUCAGUUCAAGCAGCAGUACCUUGAGAACUUCAUUCAGUGCAUCUAUGCUUCAAUUGACUUGAGGGAUCGUCAGGGGUCUACUAUGGUGGUCGGAGGCGAUGGUCGGUACUACAAUAAAGCUGCCAUAGAAAUCAUAGUUCAAAUGGCUGCUGCCAAUGGGAUUGGACGUUUAGUAAUUGGACAAAAUGGAAUUCUUUCAACUCCAGCUGUAUCUUGCAUAAUCAGAAAAAUCAAAGCAAUUGGAGGAAUUAUUCUGACAGCAAGCCACAACCCUGGUGGACCCGAUGGUGAUUUUGGAAUCAAAUACAACAUUUGCAGUGGAGGUCCAGCUCCUGAGGCUGUCACAGAGAAGAUUUUUCAGCUCAGCAAAACGAUUGAAGAAUAUUCUAUUUGCCCUGAUCUGAAAGUUGACUUAAGCACAAUUGGAAAACAACAGUUCGACUUGGAGAACAAGUUUAAACCAUUUUCAGUGGAAAUUGUGGAUUCGGUGGAGGCUUACGUGAACAUGCUACGAAACAUCUUCGAUUUUAAUGCUUUGAAGGAGCUACUUUCUGGUUCAGAGCACUUGAAGAUAAGAUUAGAUGCCAUGCAUGGAGUGAUGGGUCCUUACGUUAAGAAGAUUUUGUGUGAAGAACUGGGGUCACCUGCAAAUUCAGCAGUGAACUGCACACCUCUUGAAGACUUUGGUGGUCACCAUCCUGAUCCAAACUUAACAUAUGCUGCUGACCUAGUGGAGACCAUGGAAACUGGAGACUAUGAUUUUGGAGCUGCAUUUGAUGGUGAUGGUGAUCGGAAUAUGAUCCUUGGAAAACAUGGAUUCUUUGUAAACCCAUCUGACUCUGUGGCUGUGAUUGCUGCGAACAUCUUCACUAUUCCGUAUUUCCAACAAACUGGUGUUCGAGGAUUUGCUCGAAGCAUGCCCACGAGUGGAGCACUGGAUCGGGUUGCCAAAGCUACAAAAAUAGCUUUGUAUGAAACACCUACUGGCUGGAAAUUCUUUGGAAAUUUGAUGGAUGCCAAUAAACUUUCCCUUUGUGGAGAAGAAAGCUUUGGAACAGGAUCCGAUCACAUUCGUGAAAAAGAUGGUUUGUGGGCUGUGCUUGCCUGGCUGUCUAUUAUUGCCAAACGCAAACAAAGCGUGGAGGUGAUCAUGCAGGAACACUGGCAGAAAUAUGGCCGCAAUUUUUUCACCAGGUAUGAUUAUGAGGAAGUAGAUGCUGCAGCAGCAACUAAGUUAAUGAAGAAUAUGGAGACUGUGAUGACAGACCGUGCUUUCAUUGGCUAUAAAUUCACAGUGUGCGAAGAAGAAUACUUUGUGGAAAAGGCUGAUAAUUUUGAAUACUGUGACCCUGUUGAUGGCAGUAUUUCCAGAAACCAGGGAUUGAGAAUCAUUUUCACAGAUGGAUCACGCAUUAUCUUUAGAUUAAGUGGAACUGGCAGUGCUGGAGCGACCAUCAGAAUUUAUAUUGAUAGCUAUUAUAAAGAUGCUUCUAAAAUCUUCAAAGAUGCACAGACAAUGCUCAGCCCUCUAAUAAAAAUUGCUCUGAAGUUUUCUCAGAUUCAUGAGAAAACAGGUCGCACCAGGCCGACUGUGAUCACAUAAAUAUCUAAUAUUAGAUCAGAACAUAUUGGAGAAGAAUUAACUACAAACUAAAAAAACCUAAAAAAUGUGAAAUAUGAUUUUAAACUAUCACCUCGCACUGUUCUCCAAAUAUUAUGGAGAGGAAAGCCUUUCAAGAAAAAAUGAACAUUGGUCAACAAAAUUGUAUUGAAAAUGUCAUUAAAUAUAUAUUAUAUACUCUU